AUGGCCAGCAAUGCCUUCCCCAAACCACAAUUCCUUGCGCCUCCGGCCGUAACAGCGCUACGGCAGGAGGCCCGGAACAUCGAUCCGAAGAUGGUUCGAACAUUGAGUGAUGAUAUGCGAGAGGAACGUGAAGAUUUGAAGGAAGCGGCGGAACAGACCUUGAACAUUAUCGUGGAUAUGGAUUUGGAAGGUCGCAUCAAAUGGGUCAGCCCUUCGUGGAAGCAGGUUGUCGGCUCGUCCCCCGCAUCAGUGGAAGGUCAUUUGAUCUCCGAGAUUCUACUCGGGAAUAAGGACGUGUUCUGUGAUGCAAUUGAGUCGAUGAGGCAAGAUGACUCGCGGAGUCGGUUUAUUCGUUUUGCCGUCCAGAUGGGACCGGACUCAGUCUUAAAGUAUUCACCUGAACCGUCGCCCGAGGCUACCCAGAUUGGAACCGGCUGCGAAAACAUAAACGAUGAUGCGGAGAAUCCUCAAGAUGAGCAUAACCAUAAUGUGCUCAAUAUGGAGGGCCAGGGAAUCAUGGUCUAUGACCGGACAGAUGAUGAAGCUGGCCAUACCAUGUGGAUGCUACGACCGCUUACCGAACCGAGAGAAGUGACAAUAGAUCUGCCGCCCUUACUGGUGGAAUCUUUGGGCGUUGGAGCAGAAGUAUUGGCAAACUACCUGACUGAGCUAGCCGAAGCUGCGGCCACAGAGCCCGAUCCUUCCAAGCACCCUGCCCCGACCCCCGUCCUUUGUCGUAUUUGCGAGCGCCAGAUCACCCCAUGGUGGUUCGAGAAACAUUCGGAUCUGUGCCUGCAGGAACAUCGGGCUGAAAUGGAAGUACAGCUUGCACAAGAAAAUCUCAAUGAACACCGUCAUGUCAUUGUCAAGGUGUUGGAUGCUUUGGAGGCUCGACAAGGCAGACCAUUGAUCAGUGCUAAUGGAAACCCAGUGCCUCUUGCCCGAGCGGAGUACAAGGGUUUGGCCAUCGGCCCUUCUCCUGCUGGCUCUGCCCCAUCUUCUGGUCCUGUAUCGAGCAGUAAUUCGGCACCAGGCACUCCACCACGGUCGAGAGAGCAUUCCGCCUCUGCUGCCAUACCCGGCCGACCUCGUUCGUUUACUGUUCGCAGACCGCUGGCUAGAAUCGUGGAACUCGUACUCGACUUAUGCGAUACUUCACUUGAAAUCAGCAUGCCAAUGAUCAAAGAAUCUUCCCGGACAGACGGAGAGGACUUCCGAACGUUGUCACCACAAUCUGAGUCCCGGAUCUCUCAGGUGCUUCAAUGGCAGUCUCCCAGCGCCAACACACUAGAGCAGGAACAGGGCCUAGCUGCAUUGUCAGCAGACACCGAACAGGUUGCUAAGGCCAAAGUUGAUGCCGUUGUACGUCAUCGCAAAAUUGUUGAAUAUGCCGAACGAAUUCGAAUCGAAUACACGGUGCUAGUCGAGGAGUGCAUUGGGGCCGCACUCAGCAAAGCGGAGCGCAUAGCUGCUGGCCAGCUCAGUGAUUCCUCAUGUUCAUCCGAUGAAGAAGUAGCCCCAGAAACUACUCCUGGGAGCUAUGUGGCCCCAGACGACACCGGUAGCAACUUCGCCGAGGAUGAGUCUCUGUCACAGGCAAUAAGCGAUGACUUGCAACCCAAGCUACAGCCAGCGGCACCGUCUCCACGACGACCAACAUCUGCGUUGACUAUGUCAAUGCGUAAUUCGCCCGAUCGGUCAUCGCUUUCACAAUCAGAACGCAGGCCAUCUUCGGCGGCUGUUUCAACAGGUUCUAACAGCCCCAUGGAGUGCCCCACACCGCGAUCACACAAGAGUGCCGCUGGCCUUCUGGGUACAUCGCAGCCUUCUCGAUUGGGUCUCUCUCUUGCUGAAAUUGACGCCGGCGAGAGUAGCGACAGCAGUCUACCCUCGUCUGCUUUCCCGGGAGCUAUCAGAACAGACUCGCCUUCAUCGGAGAGGAGCUUUGAUCGAAAGCGUAGGAGCUUGGUGCUGCCUGGGCUAUCGAGCUCUCCUCGCCGGCAGCAUUCCCCCGCUCGAGUCUCCGGUCCGCAUUCCCCGUUGCGCAUGCCCAAGCCUCGAAUGUCCAGCGGAGGUGAAAGCUUACCGUCACCAAUAGUUUCCCCUUCUACAUACUCAAGUGAAUUGGCUCACCACUGCCGCCACCAUCGGAGGCAGUCUUCAGCCACAUCUUCAGACGUUGCGAGGCCACCUCCAUCUCCACGUUUACCUUCGGUGAGCCAGCAACAACCUCGACCCGCCCCAUUGUCGAUCAGGGACUUUGAGAUCAUCAAGCCGAUCAGCAAGGGUGCUUUUGGCAGUGUCUACUUGGUCAAGAAGAAAGCCACUGGUGAGUAUUAUGCCAUGAAAGUUUUGAAAAAGGCAGAUAUGAUUGCCAAGAACCAGGUCACCAAUGUCAAAGCGGAGCGUGCCAUCAUGAUGUGGCAAGGGGAGAGUGACUUUGUUGCCAAACUCUACUGGACCUUCUCUAGUAAGGAGUAUCUCUAUCUAGUGAUGGAAUACCUCAAUGGAGGUGACUGUUCGUCGCUUGUCAAGGUUCUUGGUGGCCUCCCCGAGGAAUGGGCUAAAAAGUACAUUGGUGAGGUUGUUUUGGGUGUUGAGCACCUUCACAAUCGCGGCAUUGUUCAUCGCGAUUUGAAACCCGAUAAUCUUUUGAUCGACCAGACGGGUCAUCUGAAGCUGACUGACUUUGGACUUUCUCGUAUGGGAUUGGUCGGUCGUCAGAAACGAGUUUUGAAGAACCCCGAUGAAUCUGCCCCGGAUCUGUUGAAGCAAGGCUCUUUCCCCCGUGCAAUUUCGAUUGCGUCGUCUCGUUCUGCUUCAUUCGACUUCCAGGCCAGCUCCUCCCCUGGCUCAACUCCGUUGAUUACGCCGGAAGUGUCUGCCAAUGCCACCCAACCAUCUUACUUUAGCCUCAAUCAGAGUGGUUUGAGUCGCCAGAGCUCUCGUCGAGCUUCAGGAUACCGCAGCGAUAGUAUGGGAAGUGAUGGCCUCAACGGAAUAUUCAGAACAUUUUCGCUGAACGACAAUACCCAUGAACCUACGAUGUCAUCACCAAGCAUGUUUUCAACCAGCAUGGUGGAAGAGGAGGGUCAAAGUGAGGGCGGUGAAUCACCUCGCCUUCAGCCUCUGCAACCAACAUUCAGCAACCCCCUCGCGCAAAACACUCCUCCCCAGCAGAGUAUGAUGCCUCCAGUUAUGGCUCUUUUUGACCCUGAAGAUCACGAUCGGCGUUUCGUUGGCACCCCCGAUUACCUGGCCCCUGAAACUAUCAACGGUAUCGGGCAAGAUGAAAUUAGUGACUGGUGGUCCUUGGGAUGCAUCAUGUUCGAGUUCAUCUUUGGCUACCCACCCUUCAACGCGGAAACGCCGGAUGAAGUGUUUGAAAACAUCCUCCAUCGCAGGAUCAAUUGGCCCGAUGAUCCAGAGGAGUUCACCUCGGCAGAAUCAUUGGAUUUGAUGAACAAGCUCCUGACCCUUGAUCCCCGUGAACGAAUCGGUGCCAAUGUCGAGGAGAGAUAUCCAAACGGCGGUGCAGAGAUUCGUAGUCACCCGUGGCUAUCUGAGAUCAACUGGACUACGCUGUUAGAAGAUAAAGCGCAGUUUGUCCCUAACAUUGAGAAUCCAGAGGAUACGGAAUACUUUGACGCACGUGGCGCUACUCUGCAGUCCUUUGCAGAGGAGUUGGAAGACGAGAAUUCGCCACAACCAUCAGCUGCUGCUGGCCCAGACCGUCCUCAUGAUGCGCUGUUCAAAGUCAGAUCCCAGGUAAACUCGACGAAACGACCCUUGAUGCCACUGCACAUUCCUCCUCAUGUUCGUGACGCUCGUGAUUCACGAAGUCGGAGAUUGAGCGAGCCGGCCCUGGCUGAUGACUUUGGGAGCUUCAAUUUCAAGAAUCUUCCCAUGUUGGAGAAGGCAAACAAAGAUGUUAUCCAGAAGAUGCGUCAGGAGGCCAUGCAGGCGCAGCAUCGACAGCCCAACCCAUCGUCGGCAGUUCAAACCCCUGUCAGUUCAUCGCAGCCAUCUUUAGAGGGGAGUCCACUUCCAAUGUCGCUCCAGCGGACCUUGUCGCAGAAUAAGGGCAACAACCGGCCUUCUUCCCCAUCUGGACUGAGUCAGACAAACUCGUCUCCAAGCAGGCCGUCGCAACCCUCUUCUCCCCUCCUAGUCCAAUUCAGCACUGGGACCAACCAGGAACGGCGCAAAACUUCAGGUUCUUCAUCAGCAUCCUACCAGUCAAGUGGGACCUUCCAGCCUUCUUCUGCUGACCAGGGCCGAAUGCCCAAUCUAAGACUGGGAUCAGUUGCAUCCUCUCCCGUCAAACCCAACCGAAUUUCAGCCCAUUCCCCCGAGAAGAUGCCAAAUAACCAGCGCCAUGGCAGCGUCCCAGCGAACCGUGCUCGCUCUCAUACAAUUGGUUCCCAAGAUGGGGAUAGUUCUUCAUUCUCCAAAGAACCAUUCGUACCCCACCAUCACAAGCGCAGGAGUCAACUCUUUGACAUCUCGCCUUCGUCUUCUGAUAAUGAAGAUCCACGCACUAAAGCACUUCUGAAGGUCCAGCGGCGCCGACAAAGCUCCCGACGUUUGUCGCAAAUCAACAUCAUGGAAGGGCCCUUCUUUCGUCCUUUGGACGUACUGAUUUGUGAGGAUCAUCCUGUCUCCCGACUCGUCAUGGAGCGCCUGUUCGAAAAGCUUCGAUGUCGGACCAUCACAGUCACAAAUGGUGCCGAAGCCGUGAGAUAUGCCUUAAGUGAGGUUCAGUUUGAUAUUAUCAUGACUGAAUAUCGCUUGCCUCAAGUCAACGGUGUUGAUUUCGCUCGAAUGGUUCGCGAGACGCGUAGUGCAAACAGACAUACUCCCAUCAUCGCUGUCACGGGCUACUUAAAAGACCUGCCAGAAAAUCACAAUUUCGAUGCUUUAAUCCAGAAGCCCCCAACUUUGCCCAAGCUUACAGAAGCUCUGUCCAAAUGGUGCAUGUGGAAAGCUCCUCCGGCAGACUACAGUCCCUUCCAGCCCGUCCCGGUCCCGGGCUCCAGUGCUCAUACCAACCCCCCCACCACCGAGGACAGUCCUAGUUCCGCAUCCUCCGGGUUUGUUCUUCACCCACCUAGCUCCUAUCGAGGUUCUAGUCGUGAUGACUCACUUAGCAGCAGCGUGUUUGGCGAGAUGGAUUCUUUCAAACCCGAGGAGGUUCCAGUAAUAAUCAACCGCAACUCAGAUGAUUGGGACCACGGUCAAGAUGGGCUGGGAAUUUCAGAAGAAUCGGCUGCCUACCCUGGUAGUCCAGAUUCCAAGGCUCUUCCCGCGCCUUAUCUUCUUCAUACCACGUCAGCGCCCGCGGCCAUGGAUCCAGCGGGUGGACUUACACCUCGCAAACAACGUUCAAGUGAGGCGAUUCGCGCCAAAAGAGAAUCCCUUGAGAAGAAACGCUAUGAGGGCGCCGAGUCGGGCGACGAUGAAGACGAAGAGCUUGGAAACUCCCAGACACGUCGCAGUCCACCAUCUAGGAACCGUCGCCCUGGUUCUAAAUUGGGAAUUGAAAUGAUGCGAACCAAUAGUCGAGGCAGUGUUGUCAGUGGAAGUGAGGAACUCUUGAAGAAAGAGAGGGAGGCUCUUCGGUACCAAGCUGCAGAGUCGGCCGACAUUGAGGAUAGCGAUGGGUCUUUAGGCUCCCCUGCCAGCACGAGCUUAGAGGAGCGUUUCGAGGCCCUCAGCAUUCCAGAGGAGUCGGAAGGCGAAGAGCCGGCCAGCCCUCGAGAUUCACCUCCCAGGUCGGGUGAUCCCUUUCAACACAACCGGCCAUCUCUGGGGCACCAGGAUACCUCAAUCUACUCGGAAGUUGUCCAUCAACGUACGUCCAAGGCCAGUCCAGCAAGGUUGAGUCAAGGUCAAACCACACCUCCUUGGAACUUGCCUCAGAACACCACGUCUCAUCGCGCCGCUCCACCCAUCACCCCGGAAGUCAAAGUCUCCGGAAAUUGCCUGACUCCAGAGGCCGGUUCUGGUGUGGACACUGAAUGCAGUCCCAGUCCUACCCCCGACUCAGAGGCUACACCACGACCUCUUCAUCCUUCUCCUAGCCUAGAUCCCGAGCAGACUCCUCGCCCACCCGAACGACACCGAUCAGACUUGAGCUCUGCGUUCAGGAGAUAG